AUGGUGGCCUUCAGGUUCCAUCAGUACCAGGUGGUGGGUCGUGCGCUGCCGACGCCCGGCGAUGAGCAGCCGAAGAUCUACCGCAUGAAGCUCUGGGCCACCAAUGAGGUCCGCGCCAAGAGCAAGUUCUGGUAUUUCCUGAGGAAGCUGAAGAAGGUGAAGAAGAGCAACGGCCAGAUGCUCGCCAUCAACGAGAUCUUUGAGAAGAACCCAACCACGAUCAAGAACUAUGGCAUUUGGCUGCGUUACCAGAGCAGGACUGGCUACCACAACAUGUACAAGGAGUACCGUGACACCACACUAAAUGGUGCCGUGGAGCAGAUGUACACUGAGAUGGCCUCUCGCCACCGUGUGAGAUCCCCCUGCAUUCAGAUCAUCAAGACCGCGACUGUCAACUUCAAGCUAUGCAAGAGAGACAACACCAAGCAGUUCCACAACUCCAAGAUCAAGUUCCCCCUUGUGUACCAAAAGGUCAGGCCACCAACCAGGAAGCUGAAGACCACCUACAAGGCAACGAGGCCGAACUUGUUCAUGUGA